AUGACCGUCUCGAUUCCGCGGGCCUUGACCUCGGUGGUUCUGGGCGCUGCAGUCGCCCAAGCGCAACUCUGGGAUGAAGUCAUCCAGACAACCUACGGCCCAGUCCAGGGAUAUAAGUACUUCAACGAAUCCACCCUGGAGACCUAUUUUGGCAUCUCCGAAUCCAAUGUGACGGCUUAUCUGGGCAUUCCGUACGCCGCCGACACCGGCUACCAGAACCGCUGGAAGCCGCCCCAACCCAGAGAGUCGUGGAACACCACCUUGCAGGCCACGGCGUUCGGGCCCGCGUGUCCCACCGGCGAUACUUCGUACAUUAGCGAAGACUGCCUGAGCUUGAACAUCUGGACCAAUGCCGGCACCGCAGACGCCAAGCUCCCCGUCAUGGUGUGGAACCAGGGAUCCGACGAGACGAGCGACAACCCGUGGUACUAUGGAGGUGGAAUGGCCUUGAAAGAUGUGAUCCUCAUCAGUUUCAACCGCCGCGAUGAUGCCUUUGGAUAUCUGGCCCACCCCGAGCUCAACGCCGAGGGUUUGCGCACAACAGGAUAUAACACGUCCGGCAACUACGGUGUGCUCGAUCAACUCGAGGUUCUAAGAUGGGUUCAGAAGAAUAUCGCCAACUUCGGAGGCGAUCCGGAUCGCGUAAUUGUGGCUGGCCAAUCUUUCGGUUCCUCGCAAGUGUACCACGCGGUGAACAGUCCUCUUUUCACGGGCUAUUUCCACGGUGGAAUCUCCGAGUCGGGAAUUCGAUACCCCUAUGAUCCCCUCCUCGCCGGCCUCGCAACGUCGUAUGUCAACAUGUCCACCGCGAUCUACUUCGGCGAAAGCUAUGUGGCAAGCCACAAUGUCUCGACGAUCGCCGAGCUACGCACCUUGUCCAUGGAAGAUCUUCUCGUCGGAUCGCAGGAUCGGGUCAACUCCACGUGGAUCAACUGGGUCACCGCCCUGUCUGCUGGCUAUCCAUUGAUCUUCAAGCCGGUGCUCGAUGGGUACGUGCUCCCGGAGAAGUACAUCGACACUCUCCGCAACGGACCGGCCAACGACGUGCCCAUCAUCACCGGCAACACCAAGGACGAGUCCGGGGCGGCCACCAGCACGGACUACACGGUGGCGCAGUAUGAGAACUACACCUCGCUGAAGUACGGCGACCUCUACGACCGCUACAUCAAGCUGUACCCGGACACGAACGGCACGCAGGACGAGUCGUGGAACGCGGCGGCGCGGGACGCCUCGCUGGUCGGCUCGUGGGCCUACGCCACCGAGUGGUAUAAGGCCGCUUCCUCCUCGUUCUACACCUAUUACUGGACCCAUGCACCCCCCGGCCAGGACCAGGGCGCCUUCCACCAGUCCGAGAUCAUGUACGCCCUCAACGCGCUCUACGCCAACACGGAUCGGUACCCCUUCAACGCCACCGACUACGCCAUCCAGGAGAAGAUGUCGGCCUACUGGGCCAAUUUCGCUAAAACCCUUGACCCCAACCUCGGCGGCUCGUACACCGCCGGCUCCCUGCCCUACUGGAGCCCCAACAGCGCCAACGGCACCCAGGUCGUCAUGGAGUUGGGCGAUGCGUUCGAGGACGUGCCUAUUGCGCACCCGGCUCAGGUGUCCUUGUUGAUGGAGUGGUUCCAUCGGCAGAUUCCUUACUAG